UCAGCUUCCUCUCAGCUUAAGUCCGUCUUCAUCUCUCUGUAACUCGUCAAGUUGUCUUCUAACUAGUUCUGGACAACUCUUGUCUUCUAUCCUAUCUAUAUGUCACUCCAUCUACGUUUUCUGCCACCAGCCUUCGGGGUUUUUCCCAUGACCUGCAGAACAGCUUUAACUCCUGCCACUGUCACAAUCGCAAUAUCAUUUCCUAUGUCAUGGAAACCACCGCAGGAGAGAGAAAGAAAAUCAUAAAGAGCAAAUAGAGUAGGAGGAUCACAAGAACCACCAACAGUUGGAUGGGUGAGAACAUGACAUGCAUACACCAUAAAGUCUGCCCUCGGGACACAAGGGUUGUUUUCUCCUUGGCUUAGUAGAAUAUCCGGCAGGCGGGGCAGGCCUGGAGGGACUGAAGUCCUCAUUCUCGGGUACCUCCAGCACAGAUUCCACUAGCAACACGUCAGGCUUUUCGUAUGCAGUCUCCGGGAAGAAAGGAAGGAAGGAAGAAAGGAAAGAAGGAGGGAAGAAGGUUCGGAAUCGGUCUCCUAGGCUUAGCAAGAUGGGUGACUGGAGCUUCCUGGGGGAGUUCCUGGAGGAGGUCCACAAGCACUCCACGGUCAUCGGCAAGGUCUGGCUCACCGUCCUGUUCAUUUUCCGAAUGCUGGUCCUGGGCACUGCUGCUGAGUCCUCCUGGGGAGAUGAGCAGGCUGAUUUCCGGUGCGAUACCAUUCAGCCUGGUUGCCAGAAUGUCUGCUACGACCAAGCCUUCCCCAUCUCCCACAUUCGCUAUUGGGUACUGCAGAUCAUCUUCGUGUCCACGCCGUCUCUGGUCUACAUGGGCCACGCCAUGCACACAGUGCGCAUGCAGGAAAAGCAGAAGCUGCGGGAUGCCGAGAAAGCCAAAGAGGCUGGUGGCUCGGGUUCCUAUGAGUAUGAGAAGGCAGAGCUGUCCUGCUGGAAGGAAGUGGAGGGGAAGAUUGUCCUCCAGGGCACUCUACUCAACACCUAUGUCUGUACCAUUCUGAUCCGCACCACCAUGGAGGUGGCCUUCAUCGUGGGCCAGUACCUCCUCUACGGGGUCUUCCUGGACACCCUGCAUGUCUGCCGCAGGAGUCCCUGUCCUCACCCAGUCAAUUGCUAUGUCUCGCGGCCCACAGAGAAGAACGUCUUCAUUGUCUUUAUGCUGGCUGUGGCUGGACUGUCUCUCUUUCUCAGCCUGGCUGAGCUCUACCACCUAGGCUGGAAGAAGAUCCGACAGCGCUUUGUCAAGCCCCGGCAGGGAACGGAUAAGCACCAUUUUCUUGGCCCCUCCACCAGCCUAGUCCAGAGCCUCACUCCUCCCCCUGACUUCCAUCAGUGCCUGAAGAACAGCCCUGACGAGAAAUUCUUAGGUGACUUCAGUAAUAACAUGGGUUCCCGGAAGAACGCAGACACUCUAGCUAUGGAGGAAGUGCCGGACCAGGAGCGUAUUUCUGGGGAGGGUUUCAUCCACAUGCGGUAUGGCCAGAAGCCCGAGGAGCCCAGUGGAGCCUCUCCAGGCCACCGCCUUCCCCCGAGCUACCAUGGUGACAAGCGUCGCCUUAGCAAGGCCAGCAGCAAAGCAAGGUCAGAUGACCUGUCAGUGUGACCCUCUGAGGGAGGGCCAGUCCCAGAAGGGAUCUCAGGAGGCUGCUGGCAGGGAGAAGCAGUCUCUCACAACAGCAUCUUCUUCUUCUUCUUCUUCUCAGUACUGCUGUGCCCCUUCUGACCCCAGGUCUGGAUGGCGUUGAUCAUCAGUUCUCAAAAUUACAGUACGAGAGUGUUCUCAAAGACAGGGCUAGUCCUCAGGUCCUGUCCCUCUUCAUCCUCUACCAGUAUACACAGUGAAGGCUUUCACAUGAUUUACUGGAUAGGGUGGAGGCAGGGACAGGAACCAUGGCAAAAUCUGGCCUGGGAAGGACAGACCAACACCAGCAACAUACCAGAUAGGACCUCCAAGUCCUGGCUUCUUUGGUACUAUGUACACCUUUUUUUUCUUUUCUUUUCUUUUUUUUUUUUUUUUUUAAGAUCCCAAGGUUCUCAGCCAAUGGAGAGUAUUCAUCAGGCAAUUUACAUUGUAUCGUUCCCUUGAAUUUGUUGUUUCCAUGGACCAUACCUCGGAGUGGAGGUGAGGUAGCUGUGGGCUGCCCUAGGCUACAUCCCCCUCCUCCCAGUCUUAAGGGGCUAUCCUUGGACCUUGGCCAGCAUCGGCUUUACAAGUGCCUUGGACUGUGCCUUUGGCACACAUCUCAUCCUCGUGAUGUCGUAGCCUUUCUGCCAGGAGAGACACCCGCGCACAAGGGUGCCAGGACCUCCGGGGGUCACUGUACACACAAGUGUCACUGGAAUUGCCACCACCUGUCAUCUGCAGUCCUUUACAGUUCAACCUGACGAUAGAAACCGUCCUUGCCUACCUCUGCGGCUGUUCAUCCAGUGGUUCCUCGAAAACCUUGGUUAGCAAGAAUGUCCGAGAAGCCACCGUCCUCUCUUGAAUCCUAGCCAGGUUACCAGCCACCAAGUUCAGCGGAAUUUUCCCAGGAUUUAGUGAAACAAAGAAGCAUUGUGCUUCUUGGGUUCUCCUGGGAAAAAACAAUUCUGCUGUGAAGAUGAAAAUAAAAAAAAAAAAAGAGAGACGACACUGAAGAGCCGGUUUCCCUCCUAAACGCGUCUUCCACUGCUCGAGGGCCAAGAGGCCCCAGACCUCCCUCUCCUUAGAGGCAUCAAGGGCACCGGGAAGAAGGAGGGGAUCUCCAGUUGUUUUUGGCAAGGCCCUUAUUUAAAUUCCCAUGUUUCCUUGGUACCCCUCGGAAGACUGCCAGGGAAGGACUGCAGAAAAGCCCUGCCUUCCUCAGGGUCUAGCCUGGGCUCUCCACUGAUUAGAUCCAUAAUAGGUGUCUUCCAUUUUUUUUUAUGCAGAUGAAAGAUGCUCAGAAUCAGACACUGAGACUCAGACACAUUGCUACAUUAAAAUAGAUUUGUGUGUGUGCAUGCUCACCCGUGUGUGUGUGUGUGUGUAUGUG